GAAGCAGCGAGCGAGCAUGAAAUGGGAACAGUAACCCCAUCUCCAUGGAAGCGGCUUCUUCUGAGCGCAAUAGAGUCAAACUCUCACCUCAAACACUCUUAUUUCGUUCAAUUUGCAACAAUUGGAUCUAAUGGCAGACCUUCCAAUCGCUCUGUCGUUUUCAGAGGAUUUGAAGAAAAUAGCGAUAGAAUCCAAAUCAACACUGAUUUCCGUACACGCAAGAUUGAAGAGCUUAAUCAUUGUCCAUUUGCUGAGAUAUGUUGGUAUUUUACCGACUCUUGGGAGCAAUUCCGGAUCAAUGGAAGAGUUGAUGUUAUUGAUGGGUCCAAUCCCAAUCCGGCAAAGCUUCAGCAAAGAGAGAAAUUGUGGUUUGCUAGUGCUAUAAAAUCAAGGCUGCAGUACUUGGGACCUAAUCCUGGUCUUCCUUGUCUAAGUGAGCAAUCUCCAGAUGAAUUCUUUCUUGACCCCUCUUCAGGCCCAGUCGCCACAUUCUGUCUGCUGGUUUUAGAGCCUGAUCAGGUUGAUUACUUGAAUUUGAAGAGUAACCAGAGAAUAGUGUCCACCUUGUCACGGAGUGCCAAUGGAGAAAUGUGUUGGAAUUCAGAGAUGAUCAAUCCAUAAAUCUACAUGAGAAAGAGCCGUUAAUUUGAAACCUUUAAGUGUAUCUAUAGAAGAAUAAAGAAGGAACUUACUGAUGUUUGCUUGAAUGAGUUUUAUAUAAUCUUUUGUUUUACCUUCUACAAAAGAACCAGUAUGUAUUAGCUAUAAAAAUCUUCAAUUUCAUCUGAAUGUGAAAAACCUGGAUCAGGCCCUUGGAUUCGUAACCAACUUAUUUUAUAUCUAUGCAAGAGUUAAGUGCUACUUUGAUGUUAAA